AUGCGAUUUUUGUAUCUACUUCCACUUUUUAUCGCACUUGCGGCCGCAGCGCCGUAUCCAGAGGUUUGCGAUAAACAAUCACUUUUGGUAAAUUUUCAUUUUUGUGUGACUCUUAAUAAUAAUUUUAUCUAUAGGUAAUUUCUGGAGUCGAACGGAUCAAACGAAGCCCUGACGGUAAUUUUUUAUUUCUUGCUAUGUCUUGAUUUUUUUCCUCAACGAAUGGGAAGCUUUUUGGAAGAAUUUUUCACGGUCUGUGAAUUUGCUCAAAAAAAUGAAAAUGUUUCAAUUCCAUUUUUUUGAGCAUUUUUUUAUAGAUUCUAACGUCGAAUUUCGUAUCUUUAAAGUUUUUUUAAAAUUAUUCAUCCAAAAUUUCGAACUGGAAACACGACAUUUAUGGCACCAAAAAUAACCCAAAUAGUGUAAAAAAAAGACGUUGAGGAAAAGUCCACUCGCUUUUCUUUCCCCUUGAUCUUCUCACUCUAUCCCUUACCCCGUAAUACGGAUUUCAGAAGCCGGCGACAGGAUAGAGAUAGCCAAGCAAUCGGCUGCAGACACAUGGGACAAGACCAAGGACGCGGCUUCUGCGGCAGCUGGUAGUGGACCGUUGUAAUUGGCGGAAGAAACAAACGUUUUUCCAGACAAUGUCAGUGCUCGGGCCGGCGAACUUGCCGGAGCCGCGAAACAAGGCUACGAAGAGGGCAAGGCUUCGGCUGGCCGUCUGAGACGUGCCGCUUCUGGUGAAUAGUUAUAUUUUGUUCGAUGACCGGAAAAGCACAGAAGUCUUGCAUACAGAAAACAGCUUACGAGACUUUUUUGAGAUUAGACUUGUCCAUUUUCAACCACAGCCAGCCAAUUUCACGCUAUUUGAACGGCAUCUUCUACUCCAGAAGUCUUGGAAAAAAGUUUUAUCUGAAGAGUUUUUCAGCCGCCGUCGAGUACGCGACUGACGUCGUCAACCGCUUCCGACGUGACAGCGGAGACAAGCUCGAAGCCGCCAAGGACUACGCCAAGCUCAGCGCCGACAAGGUCAAGGAUGCCGCUGAUGAGGCUACUGACCGUGUGAAGAGAGGUAGCUCCAUCCAAAUCAACCUUAUAAUCCUUUUGAUUUUCAAGACGCCGGAGACAAACUCGAAGUCGCCAAGGACUACGCGGCCGAGAGUGUUGAAAAGACCAAGGAGGCUGCCCAGGAGGCCGCCGACCGUGUCAAGAGAGACGCUGGCGACAAGCUCGAAGACGCCGCCGACUACGCCAAGAGCAGCGCCAACAAGGCCAAGGAAGCUGCCGAGGACGCCGUUGAUCGUCUUAAGCGCGGUGAGUGAAAAAAAUUCGAGAUUUAGAGUAAUCUUGUUUUCAAGGCUAUAAUUUAGGCUUUUUUUUUUCAGUUUCUCUCUGAAUAAAUUUAGGUCUUCAUAAUUCAAAUAAUAAAUUUCGACUCGCUAUUGAAUACAUUCAAAAUUUUCUUUUUUAGAUGCCGGAGACAAGCUCGAAGUUGCUAAGGACUACGCCAAGGAAAGCCUCGAGAAGACCAAGGAAGCUGCUGAGGAUGCCGCCGACCGAGUCAAGCGCGCUGCUGCCGACAAGUACGAGGAGGUCAAGGAGUACGUCGUCGACGACGCUGCCCCAAGACUGAAGCGCGCCGCUUCUGAGAAAUAUGAAGACGUCAAGGAAUACAUCGUCGAUGACGCCGCCCCAAGACUGAAGCGUGCCGCCGCCGACAAAUACGAAGAAGUCAAGGAGUACGUUGUCGAAGACGCUGCCCCUAGACUCAAGCGUGCCGCCUCGGAGAAGUACGAGGAGGUCAAGGAGUACAUUGUUGACGAUGCCGCCCCGAGACUGAAGCGAGCUGCCGAGGAGAAGUACGAGGAAGUCAAGGAAUACAUCGUCGAUGACGUCGCCCCACGACUCAAGCGCGCCGCCGCCGAGAAGUACGAAGAGGCCAAGGAGUACGUUGUUGAUGACGCUGCCCCGAGACUGAAGCGCGCCGCCGCCGAGAAAUACGAAGAAGUCAAGGAAUACAUCGUUGACGAUGCCGCCCCAAGACUGAAGCGCGCCGCUUCUGAGAAAUACGAAGACGUCAAGGAGUACAUCGUUGAUGAUGCCGCCCCGAGACUGAAGCGCAUGGCUGAGGAGAAGCUCGAAGACGCCAAGGAGUACAUCAGAGACGAGGCCGCCCCACGAGUUGCACGAGGUGAGGAGUCUUCUGAGGCUUAGAUGAAUUUGGCUAGUCUAAUCAAAUAAAUUAGUUUUUUGAAAGCAGAAUAAAAAGAUACAAAAGUUUUUAUUUUUACUGACAAAAAUGACUAAAUUUCAGCUGCCAGCGACGCUUACAAUGACGGAAAGCAGGCUGCGCACGAUGCCGCCGAAUGGGUCGGAGACAAGGUUGGAAGCGUCGGAGCGACGGUUGAAAGCAUCGGAGAAACUGCCGGAGAACUCAAGGAAUCCGCCAAGGCCGGUUACGAAAGAGGACGCCAGGAGGCCCACCACACGAUGAAGCGCGCCGCUGAUGGUAAGCUUUCCCUGGAACUUUUCCAAAAAAUCUCUCUAAUUCCAGCCGUUGAAGACGCUGUCGAAGAUGGAAAGCAGACGCUGAAGAAGGUCAAGCGCGACGUCAGCGGUAAGAUUUAUCCUUGAAAAUUUCCAUCCUAACCUUAAAUUUUUUCCAGAACCCGUCGAAGAUGCUGGUGUGUUUUCUUUCCUUCUCACGAUUUUGCUUCCUGGAUUUCUCAUAAUUUAUGUAUUCCGUUCUCUAAUCUUUUCGUGAUCUCUUGUACAUAACUUAUUUGGGUGUGUCAUGUGCUUCUUUUCAAAUUCUACUUGCCUUUUUGUGUGACGUUCCUUUUUGCGUGUGACGUCAUUUUUCAAAGCCAGACAAUCCGCUUAUUUGUUGUUGUUAAUAACUGUAAAUAUCUUCUUUGCAUGUGUUUUUGGUGUUUCUAACAAGAAGUUGUAGUUCAACGGCUGGAACCCGUGCAGACUUACAUCUACACGGCCAACGGGAAAUUUGUGGACCGGAUAGGUAUUUAGCGUUCCAUUGGCAUCACUUCUCUGCACUUGCACGAUUUUUCUUUCUUUCUUAAAACUCAUUUUCGGCGUUCCAUUCAGAAUUUUUAGGGUGUCUUUUCUGACUAGGUGAUGGUCUCAGAGUGUAGUUGGACUUUUGGAAGAGACUGGGCUCACUGAAACUUCUGAAAAAAAAAAAUGAAUCUAGGAUCUCAGUCUCACUCAAAAGUCCGACGGCGACCAAAGAGCUUCCCUAGUGAGUGUAUCUAAUCUAGAAAAAACGGUAGUUGCAGCAAAUCGUCGUUUUCGUGUUGCGGCUAGGCUAGAAACCUUAAACGAUAGGCUGAAAAGACAGAGAGAGUAUGAGGAUGGUAGGGUCCAGCAGCAGCAGCAACAGCAGCGGUAUGAUCAAGAGCGGGAGCGGCAAGAAGCGGAACGAGCUCGGCAGCAUCAGUCUCAGAGCCGUGAGGAGCAGGAACGAGCUCGAGAGCUGGCUGAGCAGCGUCGUAGAGACCGUUGCCGGAAUCGUCGACCGCAGCCGACUUCGCCGCCUCAGCCGCGCUACAACUGCCUGCCGCCACCUGGUCCUCCCGAGCAGCAGCGUCAGCCUUGCAACUACCCACGUCAGCCUCAACCUCAACCUCAGUACGGUUGUGGUCAGCCUCAGCCGCCAGCUCCCACUCCUUAUCCUUAUCCUCAAACUGGCGGUUGCUUGCCGUCUCCUCGAGGUUACCCAGCUCCUGAGCCGAGGCAAACCGGCGGUUGUCAGCAAGUUCAGCAGCAGCCUGAGCGAAGAACUGGCGGAUGCCAGCCUCAACCGCAACCUCAGCCUCAGAGAACUGGCGGUUGUCAGCCUGCUCCUCAACCUCAACCCCAACAAGACCGAAGAACUCCCUGUGAAAUCAGACAGCAGCAGCAGCCUCAACCUCAGCCUCAGCCUCAGCCUUGCCAGAUCCGCGUUCCAGAGAGACCUCAGCAAGAUUUCCGGGAUUAUUACCGCGGAGGUUGUCAACCCAGACAGCCACCUCCGCCUCAGCAGCAAAGGCUCGACGAGUUCCGAGCCACGACCAUCGAAUGCUCGGGAAUCGGACCGGCGCCUUGCCAGCCUGAAUAUCCGGCUCCAGCGACCGACCCAUGCGUCGGCAAAGUCAAGAUUGUUUCAGUGAACUCGGCUGGUUCCACUGAGCAUUAUGUGUAUAAGAAGGCACGCGACACCAGCGCUGUUCUUUUGGGUGGGUCGUCCGGUCCUGGAAGUACUUCAAGAGUGUCUUUCUUUUUUUCAUAUAAUUCUUUUCUCUCUCGAACAACUUUUGUGUGGCUUUUCUCCCAUGUGGCGACGACGAUUAGCUGUUCGAAAAAUGAGGUUUUGUUGAAUGGAAGGGAAACGGUAAGAAUAAUUGUUGAUUGGAACGCUGGAAGGGUUUUUCGAAGCAUCUUGGCUUGUUUAAAGGCGCAUAGGUCGAGUUCAGCUUGAGACCUUUUUGGAAACCAACCCAUGCUCUUUUUAACAACCCAGCAAGCUUUUCAGGAAUUUUGUAAAUAGUGUAUUUGUGUAAAUUUUCUUGUUUUUCUAUGUCUGUGCCGUCCUUUUUUUCAUCAAAUAUCUUGAGUUUGCCGUAAAACUAUCAGUGACGAGUGUUUUGAGGGUAUCUUCGGUCCAUUAUGUUUCUUUUUCGAAAAUUGAAAAAGCAUGGAAGACCGUUUCUCUUCAAAAUUGUUUCUGUAAAGGUUUUUCUAACAAAGUACAGAUUACAUUUUAUUGUUCAUAUGUGUCUAAUAAACGCUUAUAAAAUUCUGUGUUCUAACAACAAAAAAAAAAGAUUGAGCAAAAAUCCAAGGUUCCCUCACUAACUCGUCACUGUAGCUAACUUUUUUUCUCAGAAUAUCGAGUCCUCACAAAUCCUAAAGCAUGUGUUCAGGAGAUGCUGCUCGCCAAAACGCUGAGAUCGCUGGAGAGAAGGUCGGACAGGCUGUUGGUGAGUGAAGCUGUGUAGAUGGUCCAGCUCAUGUCUGCUCUCAGAAAAUGCCGGUGAAGCCGCUCACCGCGGUGCCGCCUACGCCGGAGAGAAGGUCGGACAGGCCGCUGAGGGAGUCGUUGAUGCCGCCGGAGCCGUCGGAGAGAAGAUCGGAGAGGCUGGCGAGCGUGUCGCCGAGAAGGCCCACGAAGGAUACGUCGAGGGCAAGCAGGCCGUUCACAACGCCGGAGCCGCUGUUAAGGAUGCCGGAGGUAGCGCAUUACUGAAAAAAAAAUCUAUGACUCUCAUUAUUUUAUCAUGCCACCGAUAUUCAAGUAUACCCAGUAGUAUGAGUUAAAGAAACGUAAUAGCUUUCUAGAAAUGGCCAAGUAAAGAUUUUUCUUCCAGAAUGGGUUGGCGACAAGGCUGCCGAGGGAGCUGAGGCCGUCAAGGACGGAGCCGUUGCUGGAGCCGUAGCCGUGAAAGACGGAGCCGUCGCUGUCAAGGACGGAGCUGUCGCCGGCGCUGAAGCCGUCAAAGACGGAGCCGUCGCUGGAGCGGAAGCCGUGAGAGAUGGAGCUGUCGCCGGAGCUGAAGCCGUCAAGGACACGGCUGUCGCUGGUGCCACGGCUGUCCGAGAUGGAGCUGUCGCUGGAGCUGAGGCUGUAAAGGACUCGGCCGUCGCUGGCUACCAGAAGGGAAAGGAAGCCGUUCAUGAUGCGGGUGAAGCUGUCAAGGACGCUGGAGGUGAACAUUUCAAUGAAAAUGAAGGAGUUUUAACAUUACUCUAGACUUUUUUGAGCUCAAAUUAGGAUCUAGCAAUCCUUAUAGUAUAGUCUCUACCAAAAAUUCACUGUUUUUACAAGUUUUAUCCUUGGAGUCCAUUUUCCUCAGUAGAGCGCACUUUCCGAAGAACUUUACGCCUUGAGAGUUUUUCGUCUCAAUCUGAUCCUAAGAUUCAAAAAAGUUACGGAAAAAUUUAGAAUGGGUCGGCGAGAAGGCCGCCGAUGGAGCCGAAGCCGUCAAGGACGGAGCCGUCGCCGGAGCCGAAGCCGUUAAAGACGGGGCUGUUUUUGCGGGUCAAAAAGUCGUUGAGGGUGCCAACGCCACCAAGGAAGGUGUCAAGGAGGCCGGAGUCGCUGUCGCCGAGGGAGCCAGUUCGUUUUUACUCCUUUUUCUCGAAGUUGCAUGAUCCCUUUCCUCCGAAAAUCUCUUGCAUGACCGUUUCCUAAAACAGAGGAAGUAGCGGACGCGGCUGAAGACGCUGCAGAUUCUGUUGGUAACUUCAUCACGGAAGCCGGCGAAGCAGUGGCUCAUGCUGCUGGUAAAAUUAAUUGAUUGACUACUUUUUGGCAGCUCUAACAACGCUGGCUUCGCUUGCUGCGGAUUUCUCGUCCAGUCUUUGGAAGAUUCUUAACCUUUUUUAGAUUACAGUAGCUUUUACUAAAUUUUUCAGCUGAACAUUAACAGAUUGAUUGUUUUGCAUGUACUUCUGAUCAUCGAGAAACAAAAAGAAGAAUUCAGAAAGCUAACAUUUAAAAUUGUCCGAGUUCUACUAAUCUCUCGCAUCUUUUCUCUCAAUCCAAAAACGCCUACCUCCUCCAGGCUCAACAGCAGACAAAAUCAGAGCUGAAAUCAACUUGGUGUUCGAGAAAACUCUAGAAGGCGUCGUCGGUGGCCCAGAAGUCGUCGGCGAUUUGGCCCGUAAUCCUUUUUUUCAGAUAUUCCUCCUCACUAACAAACCCAUUAAUGUCUAAUAACGCUCAAGCUACCCGAAAUAGAAGAUGAAUGAACCUUUAACUAAAUAAUGAAUUUAAGAGACGGUUGGUGAAUCUGUCGUCGAGGGAGCCGCGGCCGCCGGUGGCGCUGUUGUCGAGGGAGCUAGUGAGUUAACUAUUCAGGAGCCUGUUUAUUGAUUCGUGGAAUCUUGAAGGCUGGGUCGGCGAGAAGGUAGCGCAAGGAGCGACGGCCGUCGUUGAGGGCGCCGCCGCUGCCGGUGGAGCCGUCGUCGGAGGAGUUGCCGCUGUUGGAAACGCCGUCGCUGAUGGAGCCAUCGCCGCCAAGGAUGGUGUCGUCACUGGAGCCAAGGCCGUCGGUGGCUUCCUGAGCGGAGCCGCUGAGGAAACUCAGAACGCCGUUGGUCAGUCUUUUUUCUAGAAGAUUCGUAACUUUAUUUAAAAAAUAAGCCAUUCUUGCCUUUGCUCUAGUUGAUGCCUUCGUAUGAAUUGAUAGAAGAAAAGUCCUAGUGAUAAGUCAGAAAAUUCGACAAGAAGAAUUUUUGAGAUCGGUUUGGUUCAACAUCGAUUCUUAUAACUGGGGAAAGUCUCAAAACCCAUUUCCAUCAUUUUUUUUUCAGGAAAAGGAUUGGAAAAGGCUGGAGAGGGUCUCGAAAGCGCCGGCCAGGCAGUGAAGGCCGACCCCAAUGCGUAG